CCGUGCACGAGUUUCUUGAACCCCCACGAACAAAGGUUUCCUUGAACUCUGCGCGUAAAGGUGACUUUGAACCUGGGCGGCUUGGCGCAGAGCCCGCAGCACCUGACAGCGCACCUCCCCCGGGACCGCAGCGCACCUCCCCGGGGACGGGCGGGCAGGCGGGGCCCCGCGGGCCCCAAUCACCAUCGGUGAUCGAGCCUGCCCCCGGCACCCAGCGCAAAUCUGCGGCACCCGCUGGUCGCCACUGGGCACCCCGAGACCAUGGGGAAGCUAGUGGUGCUGACCGUGCUGGGGGCCAGCCUGGCCCUGAUCGGGGAGCGCUUACUGGCAUUUAGAGAAAGAAUUAAUGCAACUCGAGAAUUGGAACCUGUAGAACUCCAGAACUGCCAUCUCAUUGAGGGACUUGAAAAUGGCUCUGAAGAUAUUGAUAUACUUCCUAGUGGGCUGGCUUUUAUCUCCAAUGGAUUAAAAUAUCCAGGCAUGCCAGAUUUGGCACCAGAUGCGUCAGGAAAAAUCUACUUGAUGGAUCUGAAUGAGCAAAACCCAAGGGCACAAGCACUGAAAAUCAGUGAUGGAUUUGACGAAAAAUUUUUUAAUCCACAUGGGAUCAGUACCUUCAUCGACAAAGACCACACGGUGUAUCUCUACGUUGUGAAUCAUCCCCACAUGAAGUCCACUGUGGAGAUAUUCAAAUUUGAAGAACAACAACGUUCUCUCAUACACCUGAAAACCAUAAAGCAUGAACUUCUCAAGAGUGUGAAUGAUAUUGUGGUUCUUGGGCCAGAACAAUUCUAUGCCACCAGAGACCACUAUUUCACCACCUACUUCUUGGCACUUUUGGAGAUGAUCUUGGAUCUGCACUGGACUCAUGUUAUUUUCUACAGCCCCAAAGAGGUCAAAGUGGUAGCCAAAGGAUUUAAUUCUGCCAAUGGAAUCACAGCCUCACUAGACCAUAAGUAUAUCUAUGUAGCUGAUAUAACAGAUAAGAACAUUCACAUACUGGAAAAGCAUGAUAACUGGGAUUUAACUCAACUGAAGGUAAUACAGUUGGGCACCUUGGUGGAUAACUUAACUGUUGAUCCUGACACUGGAGAUAUUUUGGCAGGAUGCCAUCCUAAUGCCAUGAAGUUGCUGAACUAUAACCCUGAGGAUCCCCCAGGGUCAGAAGUACUACGCAUCCAGAAUGUUUUGUCUGAUCAGCCCAGGGUGAGCACCAUCUAUGCCAAUAAUGGCUCUGUGCUUCAAGGGACCUCAGUGGCUUCUGUAUACCAUGGAAAAAUUCUCAUAGGCACAGUGUUUCACAAAGCUCUCUACUGUGUACUCUAAAUUUCAGGUAUUCUAAAGGAUCUACAUGUUUGAUGAAAGUAAACCUGCCAUUAUAUAAUAAGUUGAAUUGUAAACAAAUAAUACAUACCA